GGAGCGUAUAAAUACAGGGGCAAGUGGCGCCUGAUUUGUGAAUGAAAUAGCAGCAGUGAAAGUAACGAAUCAUCUUUGCUGGAGCAACAUGAAAUACAUUAUAGGUAUCGGAGGUGUGACCAACGGUGGAAAAACCACUCUGACCAACAAAAUUCGCUACAAUUUACCGAACUGCUCUGUGGUACAUCAGGAUGACUUCUACAAGCCACCAGAUCAAAUAGACGUCGGGGAAGAUGGAUUUAAACAAUGGGAUGUGAUCACUGCCCUCGACAUGGAGGCGAUGAUGAGUACUGUCAACGCCUGGAUUGACAACCCAGUAAAGUUUGCCCGAUCGCACGGAGUGAACGUCACUCCAGUCUCCGAUGAGCUGAGCGAUCCAGAGAAAGGAGUGCACAUAUUGAUAGUGGAAGGGUUCCUCUUGUAUAACUACAGGCCAUUGGCUAACAUAUUUGAUCUCCGUUAUUUCUUAUCUCUUCCUUAUGAAGAAUGCAAGAGGAGGAGGAGUACAAGGAAUUACACAGUUCCUGAUCCACCUGGUUUAUUUGAUGGACAUGUGUGGCCAAUGUAUUUGAAACACAAGAAGGAGAUGGAGGACAGUAAUGUUAAUGUUGUGUAUCUGAAUGGCUUAAAAUUAAAGGAGGAAAUCCAUCAACAAGUGUAUGAAGAGAUACAAAACCAAAUCCUGAAUUGCUCUUAGGGUCUGUGGAUUGAAGACUGCGUUGGGGGCAAAAGUUGAUGUUGUUGUAAAUAGUUGACUGUCUCUGGAAAUACUUGCUCCACAAAUCUCAGUAUUAGUUAGGGUUAUGUUUAACUUUGUUAAUGUUUUUCAUGUAUAUAGUUGGGCAUAAGUUAAUAACUUUUUAAAUGUCAGUAAUGGCAGUUCUUGUGUUUUUGAGUACCUGAAGUAUUGUACUUUAUAUUGGAUCAGUUGUGUAACUAUUGUAACACUUAACUUUUUUAAUGAAUUGUGUAAGCAUCUAAAGUGCUCAGUGUUAAUUGGGUACUUGCAAAUAUGUUAUUGUUAUGUUACUGUAACCAAUCUUCUCCCUGACAUCUAUUUAAGUGGCUUCUUCCUUUUUUUGUACUCUUUCAGGGACUAUUUUAAUAUUUCCCUCCAAUACACAAGACAUUCAUCCAAGCUAUUGCUAAUUUAAGAGAAAAUUUGACUUUAUGUUACAGUGGGACAAGACUCUCACCUAUGUACAUAAUAGAAGUUUAAUUGUUUCAUACAGAGAUGCCACCAUGUUGAUGCACCAUUAGUCUAGUGCUCUUUGUAAGAUAUUUUUCAGGAUCCUGGGAGCUCUUCAGCAGCAGCACAUUAAAGAUUAAUAUGGAGGGAGAAAAUGCUACAUAGAAUCAACAGUAGUGGAUUGGAUUGAGUCAAAACUGGAGAGAUUAUGCUUUGAAUUAAUGCAAAUGUUAGAUGAGUGAGGUAUUAUGUAACUUUGAUCUGUCAUUCAAUCCAAGAUCAGAUUUAGAAAUGCAGCUCUAUGAGCUGUUAAAUACCACUGAAAUUUAUAGAUUGCUGGGUUGUCAUUAGCAGUCAGUGCUUCUCAAAUUGUGUAAUAACUUCAUUCAAAGGUUGGACUAAAAUCCCUUUCAAUGAUACUCUUUAAGGGCAACAUAUUGACUUAAUUGUACCUAUGGGGGCAUGACACUGAAUCUCUAUUUGCGGUAGAGUAUUGCAAGACCUCUUCACAUUCCGCAAGUCUCCAGGACCUGUCAUUUAUCUGCAAAGCCUCCAAGGCAAGGAUAUGAAAGUAUGGAGCUAUUUGAAACCUGUUUCACAUUCAGCUCCUGUAUUGUUCACAAUUGGAUUUGUUUAGCUGUCAUUAAAUAUCUAAGGAUAUUAUAGCAUCCUGCAUAAAUCAGUGCAGUGGAGUAGCCCCUUUCUGGACCAUUUCCCUGGAUGAUUCUCUUCUCCAGCUGUGACACCCUUAAUCCCUUUGCAGAUUCAUUGCUGGCUUUCUUUUGCAUCCUGCUUUAAUUAUGCCUCUUGAACAGCAUUGGUUUGUUUUUCUUCUGAUUCCCUUUGUUCUUUAUAACCUGCAACGUUUGGAACUUCUUUCCUUGGCUGUCCUCUGCUUCCAAAAGAAUCUUCCCUAGUGUUUGCUCAGUUCCUGACUCUAGGGCGCGGAGUGAGAGAUUUAUAGUCCCUUCUGUGCCUUAUCUAAUUUACAUUAACUUCCCUAUUCUUUUAACUCUGGUGGACUCAACCGCCGUGGUACUAAGUGCCUAUGCACACUUAGAGAAGGUUGUGUCAGGUGGGUGAAAUGUUUAUGGCAUUAUUUUGAAGAAGGGCAGAGGACUGAGCUCUGUCUUUUCUAAUAUUCCUUGGUCAACGUCACAAAGAUGAUUGUUGAUCACAUUGUGGCUUGAGAGUUUACAGAUUGUACAUGAGCUGGUGUGUUUGGUAUAUUGGCACAUUGAUAUCACUCCAACACACAUGAACUUGUGAAAGGCAUUGUGUAAAUACAGUUCUUUAACCAGAGGUUAACUAGUCAUCAACUUCACUCGUGGCAACUGCACAGCUAUUGCAUUCUAAAAUGCUCUGCAUGUCUGCGGUGGUUGUCCAGUUUUUUGGCUCAUGCCUGGUGACUGCAGCAAAUUGAAUAUGUGGACAGGUUGAGGUAAUAUUGAAUCAGAUACUAAUAAGAAUAAGCUGGUGAAUUUGGCAAGAGAGCACAGCUAUGAGCCUGAGUUUUUCUACAUAUCCGUUUAAUUGAUUUCAUUGGGUUAAAAAAUGGCUGAUCCAGUUGUAAUAGAAGAUUAGUGGCUAACAUGUCAGUAAGGCCGUACAGAUAGUAACCCGAAGAGCUUAAAGCUCUACAUUCCUCAGCUGCUCAGGAUUGCUGACUGGCUGUAACUUGUCAGAGCUCAAAUUAUUUAAGCAAUGCAGACCAGCUGUGAGAUUUGUAGUAAUGAAUGUUGUGAAUAUGGCUGUUAGAAUUAUUUUUAUGUAUGAUCUAUUAUUUAGAAUUUUUUCACUCUACCCAAUUGCUCUCAUGGUAGCUUGAUGCUGGCGACAGAUCUUUUUUAGCAAAUUGACGGUGGAUACAUUUCAGUUCUGAAUUGUCGGCAAACAUGACAAGGUGAUGCAGAAAUUAAACCUGGCCCAUACUUUUCAGACAGGCCAAAGCAGCAGGAUAUGAGCAUGGGGUCUACAUAAUAAUGCCAUCUACCAUUUUCAUGUCUACUCACUGAACCUAUCUAAAUUGCCUUGAAGCUUCUGCAUUCUAUAUACAUUCCCAUCUAGAUUUGUAUAUUUCUGUGAAGUUAUAAAUAUUACAUUUUGGUUCCCUUAUCUACAUCACUGAUUAUAGAUUGCGAACAAUUGGGGUGCUGAUCCUUGCAGUUCCCCUCUUCUCACAGUCUGCCAACCUGUGAAUAACUUAUUUUAUUCCCAGUCAGUUUUCUGUCUGUUAAUCAGUCCUCAAUCCAUGCCAGUAUAGCACUCUUCUUAUUCCACAUGUAGGAUGAUAGUCAUGCAGACCAAUAAGAUCACACAUUCCUAUGUUCAGAGAUUAGUUGUGUCAAAUAAAUAAUGAGUAAAAUGCAACUCAUGCAUCAGCCCGAGUUUGUGCUCUGAAUUAUAUUCUGGAAAGGUAAUUGAGUCAGUUUUGAAUGGGCUAGUGUAAAAUGGGGGAUACUAAAUCUCACCCCAUCAUGGUGGUAGAGGAGGGUACUUAGUGUAUGAAACUCAUGUCCCAGCAAUGAGUCAACACCUUCAGAGGGGAAAAAAAAAGUACUGGCAAGACAAAAUAUGAAUGGGAAGCAAUAAUCCCCAUUUUAGAGGCUAUAAAAGGCCAACUUUGCAUCUGGCAAUCACAUGUGCCUUGGACCAUGUAUCAAAAAUGUUUAACUUAAUGUAACCCACACUAUCGAUGCUUGUUGGGAUGGUUAGAGGGAUCUUCAAUGUCAAACCUUUGAUAUACUGUGACUUUGGCAUGCUUCAUACUGGUUUGAAAUAUAAUUUACACCUUUCACUUUGAGAUCAGAAAUGAGAGUUACUGAAUUACAAUGCAAAUACACUUCAUGUUAAAACCUCACAGGAAAGUAUUUUUCUGUGUAUUGUGCCAUAUUGAACUAGCUGAAAGAUGGAUAUUUGCGGUGAGUGCCUCAUGGUAGAUCUCACAUGACUACAACAAGCCAAGCAGGCACAUUAUUAAGGUUUUGCAUUUCUGCCAACAUUCCUUUCAUAUAAAAAGAAGUCCAAAAUGAAUUGCACAUGUUGUUGAAAAACAAUUCUUUCAUCUAGGUGAGCUACAAGGAACUGGUGUGGGUUCUUAUGUUUUACCCUCAGCUUUCUGUGGGUUAUUGAUAGUAAUAGGAAUGCUUCAAUUAAUUCUCAUCAAUAUUGUGGGGUUACCAGCAACCUUAACUGGAACAAUUACAUUUUAUUUUCUUUUUGUGUUCAUUCUUGGGAUGGUAGGGUAUUCAGUGAUGGUAAUGCCAAUGAAUGUCAAGCAGUGGUUGGAUUGCCUCUUAUUGGAGAUGGUUAUUUCCUGGCAUUUGUGUGGCACAAAUAUUACUUUAGAAAAUUACCAUGUCAUAGAAUCAUACAGCAUGGACACAGACCCUUCAGUCCAACCAGUCCAUGCCGAAUGUUAUCCCAAACUAAACUGGUCCCACCUGCAUGCUCCUGGCCCAUAUCCCUCUACAUCUUUCCUAUUCAUGUACCUAUGCAAAUGUUAUUUAAACAUAAUUGUACCCACACUACCAUUUCCUCUGGCAGUCAUUCCACAUGUGAACCACGCUCUGUGUACUUAACAUUGUGUGCAAUUAUUAGCAAAAAUCCUCACUCCUGCUGUGAUGAUGGAGGGAAAGUCACUGAUGAAGUAGCUGAAGAUGGAUGAGCCAAGGAUAAUACCCUUGGGAACUCCUGCAGAGAUGCCCUGUGGCUAAGGUGAUACACCUCUAACAUUCCCAACCAAUUGAAGUCAGUUUGGGUCGUGUCACCCUUGAAAUUCCAUAAUCCUGACUUUGAAUUUGCCUUCGGAUUAAUAUUGCUCCCAAUAUCCUUAAGAGACAGUACAGAAUAUAUUCCUUACUAGACUUUGUAAAGGGCAAUGGGCCAGAAUUAAUCAAUAAUCUGACAAUAAUGUAGCAUCUUGCAAGUAGUGACCACAAACAUGGGGAUGCUUCAACAUUUGAGUUUCAAACAGAAAAAGGUUGCUUACCAGCCAAGAUUUUAAACUUCUAUAAAGGCUGACCUUGAGUUUGGGAAUCUUAUUUUUACAUUCUCGCUAUAUUUUCUCAACUUUCUUGGCUAUGGCCGUGUCAUUCAGAGCACUUGCUAUCUAUGAUGACCUUCAUUUUCAACCUCUUAUUACUUUCCUUGUAUUUCUUUGUUGUUUUGUAUACUGCUUUGAACAGUCACCUGGCUUUGUACAAGUGUUCAUCUAUAUAAUUCUCUGGUUCACUAAUUCUCAAGGAACUGGAUAUAAUCCUCUAUCCAAUUGUACCUAAUGUGAAGCAAGACUUUUCUUGCUUCAUUGUAAUUUAAACUCUUUGUUUACAUUAUUGUAUUUUUGCAGCUAGAUAGUAUAGGACUUCUUCAGAGGACAUGGACUCUAGAUCUUCUAUCCUCACUCCAUCUUGCUCUCUCUGACUUAAUUUGACCAUUGCAUCAUUGUUCAACAGUACAUCCGUGUGCCAAUAAAUGCAUUUCAGGCCAGUAUAAAGCACUAUGAUUGGUACCCCAUCCACCAGGUUAGAUAUUCACUUCCUUCAAUACUGGUGCACAACGACUGUAAUGUGUUUAGGUUAGAUUCCCUACAAUGUGGAAACAGGACUUCGGCCCAACAAGUCCACACUGCCCCUUGAAGCAUCCCACCCAGACCCAUUCUCCUAUAACCCACACACCCCUGAACACUACGGGCAAUUUAGCAUGGCCAAACCACCUAGAAUGCACAUCUUUGGACUGUUGGAGGAAACCCACACAGACACUGGGAGAAUGUGCAAGCUCCACACAGACAGUUGCCCGAGGCUGGAAUCGAACCCGGGUCCCUGGUGCUGUGAGGCUGCAGUGCUUACCACUGAGACACUGUGCCACCCACUUGUUUCAUCAAGCCUUGUUUGACAGUGUCUUCCACACCUGCAACAAAUACUUCUAGGAGAACAAAAAAGAGCAGACACUUGGGAAAAGUGCCAUCUCAAAUUCCCUUCCAAGUCAUAGAUCAUUCUGGCCUGGAAAUAUUUCGCUGUCCCUCUGUCAUUACUGGGCAAAACCCCUGCACCUCCUCCCGGUCAGCACCAUUUGUGUAUCAGCAGCAUGUAAAUUGAAGCAUUUCAAGAAAGGCACGCAAUACCAUAUUGACAAGAGAAAAUAGGAUGGCUAAUAAAUCCCAGUUAAGCUAUAGAAUGGAUUUUUAAAAAAAAAUCAGUGCCUCAGUGCUGGGGAAGGGAAGCUAGUUGAUAUCAUAUUCCUGAACACUAUCCAGUAACUUUGUGCAAAUGGAAAGAUUAGGCUAAACUGUAAUGCUCUCCUCAUGCUAGUAAUGAAAGUAAAGUUUUUAGAUGAAGAUUUGCUGCUUAUUUGAGCUACUGUGGAACUCUUCUCCAGGGCAGUCACUUAUAGCAAUGGGGGAAGAGAAAACAAAGUGGGUAAUUUAUGCUGGAUUUGGAAUUUGAACCGAGAUUUAUCACUAAUCCUGUCAUCAUGUUGAAACUAUUAUUGCUGAAAUUCAGGACUCUUGUUUUAUCAGAGAACCUCAUGAUGGCAGGUGUAUAUACAGGAUUGUAUUCCACCAGUGAAAUAUAAAGGCUCCAUGCCAGCUUUUAAAGAGAAUUUAGAUUUAGAUUUGCAAUUCUGAACAUGGUUGAAUCUUUUUUUUUUACAAAGUCUAUACCACAUGCUUUAAAAAAAUCUGUAAACUCACUGUGGUGUUGAUGGUAGCCAUGAUGUGGAGAUGCCGUUGUUGGACUGGGGUUGACAAGGUCAAAAAUCAUGUGACAUCAGGUUAUAGUCCAACAGGUUUAUUUGAAAACUCUAGCUUUCAGAGCUCUGCUCCUUCCUCAGGUGUAGUAUGGCAGAGCUCCCAAAACUAGUGUUUUCAAAUAAAUCUGUUGGACUACAACCUGGUAUUGUGUGAUUUUUGAUCCUGUAAACUCACUGACUGCUGAUUUUUUUUAGGAGUGUUUAGGGAAUUGAAUUGUGACACAGGGGUGCUGGCCAGGUGGCAAAGAUUGUAUGUGACAGCCAUUCAGAUCAGAACUUUGCAAAAUCAGUGCUAGAUCCAUCUGACCAAGUGGAACACAUCUGGAACAAAAAUAUCAUAUCUCUCCAAAUAUGUUUUGUAUUGUCUUAGAAAUAACGUAGUCUCUGGUACAAUGGUCUCUUAUGAUUAAAAAGCCUCACAAUA